UAUAUAUACGUGUAUACGUGUACUUUUAGGCCCUUGUGGAAUCAGCUCCCGAGUAUCACUGACAGAUGUCGCCCUGGAGGAGGGAAUGAUUCUGUCCGAUGAGCCAGGUUAUUAUGAAGAUGGACAAUUUGGAGUGAGAAUUGAAAACCUAGUUUUUGUUAAAAAGGCAAAAACCGAGUACAAUUUUAGAGAGAAGGGUUUCUUAACCUUUGAACCCUUGACCUUGGUGCCUAUCCAGACAAAGAUGAUCUGUCCAUCUCUGCUGAGUGAGAGGGAGGUGGAAUGGCUGAACACCUACCACAGUAAAGUCCGCGAUGAAGUGGGUAGUGAGUUGAGGCGACAGGGUAAGCAGGCAGCCCUCGACUGGAUGAUGAGAGAAACGGAGCCACUCGGCUGAGACCGUAUCACGCUCCACAUGUGUAACACGACAACAGUCUAAUAUGGGUCCAGUGCUAAAUCAGGUCUCGAUUCUGUGUUUAUACGAGUAAGGAUCUGGAAUAAUGUAGACAGGGAAAUGUUUUGGUUUGAGAAUUUUUAUGUCAGCUGAUAUCAGGAUUUGUUUACCCGUAAGUAAAUCUUACAUCACAAACAUUCUAAAAAUGAAAGAUUUGAGAAUUUUUCUCAGUUUGAGUUCCUGUAUCGAUGGAUGCUAUGGAUAUUUUUCGUAUGUAAAUCUAGUACAAAUGAAGUGAUUAUUUACAUAUAUGUACAGCUGAAUGUUUGUAUUGUGAGGUGAUGAACGUCGCCAGUCCCUGAUUUUAUAACAAUUUACAAUUUUGUUUGUAAUUAUAUAUUUAGGUAAAUUCUGAAACUUUCUGCUGUGUCUAUGUAACCUGUAUGACAAUGUAUGUCCACAGGUAGCUUACAUUUCAUUACUUAUUGGAAUAUCAUAUCAUGCCCUAACGUUAAAUCAUUUACAUUUCUCGGAUUAUAAGGAUUAUACUAGAUACACUUCAUGAAAAAAAUCACUUCAUGAUCUGAAUGCUGUGAAAUAUUGUGUGUCGAAUCAGGAGAUCUGCAUAAUACAGCUGUUCCACCAUUCUAGGAUGCAUAGGUGAUGCUAGGGACAUCACACAGCUGUUUCCUUGUUUGAGGACUCAUCAGUGAUGCUAGGGACAUCACACAGCUGUUUCCUUGUUUGAGGACUCAUCAGUGAUGCUAGGGACAUCACACAGCUGUUUCGUCGCUCUAGGACUUGUCAGUGAUGCUAGGAACAUCACACAGCUGUUCCACCCUUCUAGGACACAUCAGUGAUGCUAGGGACAUCACACAGCUGUUCCACCCUUCUAGGACUCGUCGGUGAUGCGAUGGAUAAAACUACUUGUCAAAACAGAGUUAUGUUCCCUGAUCAUAUAACAAUGGCGGUGUGUGUGAUAUAAAGUGGUUACCUGAUGUCCAUUUGACCUCAAAGAAAAAACAAAAACAAAUCAUUAAUUUUUGGCCUUUGAUAUCUACUGCCUGAUGUUUUCCAUGCCUUGUAGCUGUUGAUAUUUACAUCCAUGUUGUUGGUGUUACAUGUGGGUAGUGAUGAGUGUGAGGUAUACAAGAUUGUUUACAUGUUUAUUCAGUGUCAAAUGAUGAAGUUUGGUUAAGUAACACACACAGUGACAAGUUUUUUUCUGUUACCCGUGCUAAAGAACUGUGAUGUAAUCAGAGGCUGUGUUACUUAAAUUUGGUGAAUUUUUUUUUAAUUUCAUGUAAAAAUUGUAAUUCUUUACUUUAUUACUGUAGUUUUGUAAAAAAAAAUAAUAAAUUAUACAUAAUUAUCACA